UGCGCGGCGAUUCACCUCGUUUUCGCAUUUCGUUUUCACCCCCCUCCACAAAUACUUUCUCUGUGCGAUUCAAAGUUCAUUUUUCGAACUUGAAUUCUCUGGGCUUCCAUUUGCUUCCAAUGUAAAAAAACAUAAGAGGAAUGAAAUUGAAUUAAGAUAGGGUAGGUUUUCAAGAAUGAAAGCUCGAUUGGUGGUCUUCCCGAUCAAAGGAAGAAAGUGGUGUUUCUCCAGAUCCGUAGACCCCGCUGCUGCCGACUCUCAGGCUGCUCAUACUCCUUCCACUCUCAGAGACCUCUGGAACCGCAUCUCCUCCAAUCCAAAGCCCCUCAACGCUAAUGCCGAGCUCCUUCUCGAUUUCGCCUCCAACAAGAUGAAUAAAGCUUGGGUGGGUCUGGAGAAGGCGCCCGAGGGAACUUUGAAAAACAAGCUUUAUGGAUUGGGUUUGCGUCUUUUGGCUCGUGUUAAGCCUUCUGAGAUUUUCCUCAAAUCUAUCUCCAAGGAGGUCUCAAAGGUCCAUGUUGCAUAUCCGUCAAGGUCAAGCUUAAAUGCACGACUUGUACGUCGAAGAUUACGGCAUGUUGCCCUAAGGGGAAAUUUUAUUCACAAGAAAUACUUCUACGGUUCAGUUUCAUUGCUUCCGUUCACAUUUGCAUUCAGUGUUUUACCUCUGCCUAACAUCCCAUUCUUUUGGAUUUCAUUUCGCACUUAUUCUCACUGGCAAGCUCUCCAGGGAAGCGAGAGACUUCUUCGGCUAGUUUCAGAUUGCAUAGAGACUCAGAAAUCGGAUGCUUCUAAUAAAUCCAAGGAUGAAAUCCAUAAAUCACUUGGUUGUCCAUGGGUAUUGGAGCCAUCUGAGGAACUCGAGAAGCUUCUUUGUAUUGGUGAUGCCAAUGAUGGUGUUAACAAAAAUGCUGUUUCAGAUAUCUGCAAGACCUUUCACUUGAACAAGAAUGACAUUCUGAAGUUCUGGGAUUCAAUGUAGUUACAGAUUCUUGUAUAUGUCAUUGGCAUCUGGAGAAAGACAUGUAACCAAGUUUUGUUCAUUUCAUUUUUGUUCUCUCUUUUGGGAGGUUUUGGGCAGCUGCUCCAUGUUACCCUCAUACCAAAAGACCAUGGAAAAUUUAAAUUUCUUAAGUCAGUUGUAUCCAAUUAUUCUGGGUUUGGUCUUGAUAUAUUGGUUUCAUAUAUCACGCCAUAAAUCUUUGUUAAAGCUAUCGCCCUAGGCACGUAAACUGGCUAAUGGCCCAAAUGAUAAUUUUCUUCCAAGGUUGUAGCAGAAUCCUCAUGUGGACAAAACAUUUCUUUUCUAAACUGUUGAUCUUAAUAAAAGUUUCUUAUAUUUCGAACCAA